CACGCGUAAUUUGUGUCCAGCUUCAUAUAUUUUUGUAUCUUCCAAUCCUCAUCAAUAACAUGAAGCGUAAAACUGAGAUUGACCAUGCCGUCAAUGGCGCCGCGCCGUCGAAGAAGCGAGCCAUAUCAGAUUCUGAAGCUCAUAAGCACUUCCGCACUGGAUUGUUCGAAGCCGAUACCUUGAACAUAUAUCAAUCCGCCUAUGUCAAUUCGCAACCAUACAAACAUGGCGUCAUAUCAGACCUUAUCAGCACUGACCUGCUCCGCGACGUUCGACAAGAGAUUCGCAACAACAUCUCCUUCACACCCAAGGAGACAGACAUAUACAGAAUCCACCAGUCGGGAGACCUGGCGAACCUCGACGGUCUCGAUGACUCCUCACUGAAGCUGUUGCCGUCACUUCUGACCCUCCGCGAUGCGAUGUACUCGUCAGCCUUCCGCAAAUACAUAGCUUCGGUUACAGGCUCUGGGCCAUUGAGCGGCGUGAAGACGGACAUGGCUGUCAACAUAUACACACCAGGAUGUCACCUCCUAUGCCACGACGAUGUCAUUGGAAGUCGUCGCGUCAGCUAUAUCCUGUACUUGUUGGACCCCGACCGGCCGUGGAAGCCAGAAUGGGGUGGUGCGUUGCGUCUAUACCCCACCGAAUUAUGCCGGAGCGAAGACGGCACGGAAAUGAAAGUUCCCACAGCGGACUUCACUGUGUCGAUACCACCUGCGUUCAAUCAAUUGUCGUUCUUCACAGUUCAGCCUGGCGAGAGUUUCCAUGAUGUGGAAGAGGUAUACCAUAAACCAGAGGGCUUAAAUGAAGAUGACGGAGGCCGGGUGCGCAUGGCCAUUAGCGGAUGGUUUCACAUACCACAGCAAGGGGAAGAAGGCUAUGAAGAGGGGCUAGAAGAGAAGCUUGCUGAACGCAGUUCGCUUCAACAACUCCAGGGGAAGUCGGACAAGUUUGACUUGCCGCAACCGGCAUGGAAAGAGUCGGAGAAAAAAAGUGAUAGCACCGGUGCCGAUGAUGACUGGACCGAGGACGAAUUGACAUUCCUCCUCAGAUUCAUGAAUCCAAAUUACCUCGUUCCAGACGUUGUAGACCAGCUCAAGGACAAGUUUGAGGAAGACGCCUCUCUCCGUCUCGUGGCUGUCUUAUCACCCAAGUUUGCUGUAGCGAUACGCGAUCAAAUAGAAGCUAUCGAUGGGACAGACCAGGAUUUGCCUGCGAGUUCUACAGACGCUGCAGCGGCUGGAGUCGCUCGACCACCAUACAAGAAGCGCUUCCAGUACAGGAGACCGAGUAAGCCAAACACCAGUGAGCCGACAGCAUACGACGAGCUCAUCGACACAUUCUUCCCGUCGCCUGAGUUCAAGAAAUGGCUCUCUAUGGCGACUGGUCUGCCCCUGAACAAAGCAAAUAUCCUGGCGCGUCGUUUCCGCCGAGGUAAAGACUACUCUCUUGCAACGUCGUAUGACGAAGAAGAUCCGCAGUUGGAGGUAUGUCUUGGCAUUACACCUUCCACAGGGUGGGCUGGUGAAGACGAGGACGACGAGGAGGAUGAGGAUGAGGAUGAGAUACCACCUCGCAACAAGGAAAACGGUAGCUCAUCCAAGCCUAACGGCGCGGAGAAGAAGGCAAAUGAUGAGAUGAAAGAGUCUAUCGGUGGCUACGAGCUCUACAUGGCAGCCGAGGACGACCCAGACGACGCUGGAUCUGACGAUGGAGUCGAGAUACCAAACGGCGGGCCGAAAAGUUCGAGUCACACAGGGGCUGGUAAUCGGCGGAAGGCUGAUCCAGCAGUCUAUCGCAGUAGUGGCGCGGACGAGGAUGAUGGGAUUCUGUUCAGUAGUUGGGCCGGGUGGAAUACCAUGAGUCUUGUGCUGCGCGACAGGGGCGUGUUGCGAUUCGUCAAGUACGUCAGCAAAGCGGCAAAGGGCGAUCGAUGGGACGUGCUUGGGGAAUGGGGAGUGGAUGAGGAGGAGGAAGAGGUCGAGGCGGAAGAUGGGGAUGUCGACGGCGGGUCAGACGGCGUACAAGAAGGGGAGGACGAGGAAGGUGAAGAUGAAGACGGAGAUGAGGAUGAUGAUAAUGAUGACGGCGCUGACUCUGAAGAAGACGAGAGCGACGACGAUUGAAUAGCCAUCUC